CCCGCAUAGUGCCCACACUAAGCUCUCAACUCACACAGGUGUUGUCAUGUCGACUAGAUGAACUCCAGGUUCUGCGAGUCGUAUGUGUAUAUGUAGGACUUUCCCAGAGUCCUUACCCGUGUUGCACAUCCUUCCAGAUGAACCCGGACCGCUUAGGAAUUCACAAGCGGUUGGUAUUUCUCGGGGGCUAUUACAGCGGUUCCCGAAAACCUUGAGACUCACGAAAAAAAUAUUUUGUACGCAUAGACAUGAUCGAUCUUUGAUGCCCCCCCUGUCUGCAAUAAGCGGCCGAAGCGAGUAAAGAUAGUUCUGCC